AUGGCAGAGACCGCAAAAUAUAUUCCCAACUCACAAUUAGAACUUGAAGAGAUAUUGCAAGAAGCAGAACAUCGUUGGCUUCGACCUGUUGAAAUAUGUGAGAUACUUCGCAACUAUAAGAAGUUUAAGUUGACACCAGAUCCACCUAUUAGGCCUCCAGCCGGAUCACUAUUCUUAUUUGAUCGAAAAGCACUCCGUUAUUUUCGAAAGGAUGGUCACCGAUGGAGGAAGAAAAAAGAUGGGAAGACCAUAAGAGAAGCUCAUGAAAAGUUGAAGGCUGGUAGUGUGGAUGUGUUGCAUUGUUACUAUGCCCAUGGUGAGGAUAACGAAAGCUUCCAACGGAGAAGUUAUUGGAUGCUUGACGAUGUGUCUGGUCGAUCUCAAUCUGAACAGGCCAGCACAGGGCAGUUAGAGCAUGUAGUCCUUGUUCAUUAUCGUGAAACUAAAGAGAGCUGCAAUUCCAGCAUCUCAAAUUUGCCUGUAGUUCCGGUAACCCUGGUUGGCCGAUCUCAAAAUAGUUCAGUGCUUUCCUCUUGCAAAAUAAACACACCAAUAUCUGUAGUUCAAAAAUCUUUCACAUCAAGUGCUAAUAAACAUGGAUACUCUUCAGAGUAUGAGCAUGUCAAUUCAAAGGAUGGUCCUCAGGCCUCCUCUCAUGCUCAGCCUGUCAGCAAUUCCAUAAUUCACAGUGCAUCUUGGCAUACACAUGAAGUUGCUGGGUUUUGUGAGUUGUUGAGGAACCCCUUGAUUUCAACAUGGUCAUCUACAAUCCCUAGCUAUUCUCCUGGUACUGUCUUGUCUCCCUGGACUUCAAUUCAGAAUUCUAGCAGAGACAUAAUUUAUAUGCAUGAUGGAAAACAUCAUGUUGACGGAUCUGUUGAUGGCUUAGAAGCUGACUUCACUGUUCAUAAGCUAAACAGUGCUAAGUUAGAUGCUGUUAACAGAAUGCAAGAUGGUGUAAUUUUUGGAGAUAGACUCGUCACUGGCAUGUACAUCCAGCCAGUUGAAGAUUUACUAACUGUUAAUCAGGCUUCUGCAUGUUUCAAAUGCAAUCUUGUUCAUGUGGUGCAAAAUGAGCAUGAUCUAGAUACAUUCCAUGCUCAAUUAUAUGAUCAUCCAGUUGUUGCAAAUACUAAAACCAUAGUUGAACAGAAACUUAAAGAUGGUGGUUUAGAUAAUGAUGAAUCAGAACGGGUUGAAUCUGGGGAAAUGAAGAAACUUGAUAGUUUCGGAAGGUGGAUGGAUAAAGAGAUUGGUGGAGACUGUGAUAAUUCCUUGAUGGCUUCAGAUUCUGGUAAUUAUUGGAGUACAAUUGAUGCUCAUAAUGAGGAUAAAGAGGUAUCUAGUUUACGGCACACACAGUUGGAUAUGGAUUCAUUAGGCCCUUCUCUUUCCCAAGAACAACUAUUUAGUAUCCAUGACUUUUCUCCAGAUUGGGCAUAUACUGGGGUUAGAACAAAGGUUUUAAUAGUUGGCACGUUUCUGGGGAGUAAAAAGCUCUCAAGUGAAACCAAAUGGGGAUGUAUGUUUGGUGAAAUUGAGGUUUCUGCUGAAGUUUUAGGGGAUAAUGUGAUAAGGUGCCAGACUCCUAUGCAUUCAUCUGGUCAUGUACCAUUCUAUGUUACCUGCAGUAAUAGGUUAGCCUGCAGUGAGGUCAGGGAAUUUCAGUUUGAUGAACAUCCAAACAAAUGUUUAGGACCUUUGGGUGUUAAAAUCUUACCAGAAAUUAAGGUAAGACUUCAAAUGCGACUUUUUAAACUAGUAGACUUGGGACCUGACAAAAAGUGGUUGAAGUGCUCUGUUUCUGAUUGUGAAAAAUGUAAACUCAAGGGAAUAAUGUAUUCCAUGAGAGAUGAUAGCGGAAUAUUUGAAGAAACUUUCCAGAUUGAUGGAAUUGAUCAUAUAAACCCUAGAGAUGUAUUAUUUCAGAGAUUAAUGAGAGACAAGCUUUAUGAGUGGUUGAUAUACAAGGUUCAUGAAGGAGGAAAAGGAUCACAUGUGUUGGAUGAUGAGGGCCAAGGAGUAAUACAUUUGGCAGCUGCACUUGGUUAUGUGUGGGCUAUGGCUCCAUUAGUUGCUGCUGGUAUCAAUCCUAACUUUAGAGACAAUCGUGGAAGAUCAGGACUUCACUGGGCAUCGUAUUUUGGGAGAGAAGAAACUGUUAUUGUGCUAGUCAAAUUAGGUGCAGCCCCAGGUGCUCUUGAGGAUCCAACAUCAGCAUUUCCUCGAGGUCAAACAGCAGCUGAUUUAGCUUCAAGUAGAGGACAUAAAGGCAUUGCUGGGUAUUUGGCUGAGGCAGAUCUGACUAAUCAAUUAUCUGUAUUGACUGUCCAGGAAAAUGAGACUAGCAACAUUGCCACAACCAUAGCAGCUGACAGUGCUUUUCAAUCUUGUGAAGAUGACUCAUCUAAUUUGACAAUGGAUGAGCAACAUCAUCUCAAAGAGUCUCUUGCUGUGUUUCGAAAAUCAGCUCAGACAGCUGCUUCAAUCCUAGCAGCCUUUAGAGCAAGGUCAUUCUGUCAGAGACAAUUAGCCAAAAGUAGCUGCGUUAUUUCGGAUGCAGUACUUGACAUAGUUGUUGAUUCUUUGAGCAAGGUACAGAAGAUGGGUCACUUUGAGGAUUAUUUACAUUAUGCAGCUUUAAAGAUUCAGAAGAGAUAUCGUGGAUGGAAAGGAAGAAAGGAUUUUUUAAAGAUACGCAGCCGCAUUGUAAAAAUCCAGGGUCAUAUUAGAGGACACCAAGUUCGUAAGCAAUACAAAAAACUUGUGUGGUCUGUUAGCAUUGUGGAAAAGGUAAUUCUUCGAUGGAGACGGAAAGGAACUGGUCUGCGUGGAUUUCGGGUUGGGCAGCCACCAGUUGGCAUUGAUGAGUAUGAUUUUCUGAGCAUUGGCAGGAGACAGAAAUCAGAUGAUGUAAAAAAAGCUCUCCAGAGAGUCAAAUCCAUGAUUCGUAACCCAGAGGCAAGGGAACAGGUUGAACAGGCAUUUAAUACCCGCAAACGAAAAUUCAAACUUACUAUUAGUUGA